AUGAAAAAAUCAUGUCCAUCCAUUUCAGAAUGUAUCGAAAACAUUUCAACUUUAAAGAAAAAUGAUAUCUCUGCCAUCUUGAUCCCAGCUGGUUCUUAUUCUGAUAUAGAUUGUCCAGGAGAAAUUGACUUUAAUUUGCGUUCCAAAAAUGUAGUUUUUACUUCUAUGGAUGGUCAAGCUAAUUUUGAUUGUGGAGGUAAACAAUUUAUUUCAUUCAACCUUGAUGGUAGACUAAAUUCUUCCAUUGUAUUUAAUGGUUUGAAUUUAACUGGUUCUUCCGAAAACACAGGUGGUUGCAUCAAUAUUGAUCAAGAAGGUGACCAAAGAUUAUCAAGUGUUUAUAUGUACAAUAUGACUACUGGUCCAAGUGGUUGUUCCUCGGAAUUGGAUGGUGGAUUUUUACAAACCAAUGUUAAAAAGGUAGUCAUUUCCAACUGCACACUAGGAAAUAAUACCGGAUCUACCGGUGGUGUUAUCUCAGCCCAUUAUGCAGAUGUCUUUGUUUCCAACUCUUCUUUCAUCAAUAACACUGCUACUUAUAAUUUUGGUGGUGCUGUUAUUGCCAAUAACCUAGUUUCCCACAAUUCUAGCUUUGUCAAUAAUACUGCUUUGACUGCCGGUGUAUUCUACAUCUAUGGUACCACAGAGAUUCACAAUUCCACAUUCUCCAAUAAUUCUGCUUCGUUUGAAGGUCUUGCAGGAGUCCUCUAUUGUGGCCAAAACAUUACCAUUUCCAACUCUACAUUCUCAAACUCUACCGCUGGUAUGGCUGGUGCUAUCUUUGGUUUCAACAUAACCAUUUCCAAUUCCACUUUCCAUAACAAUACUGCAAAUGGUACUGUUGAAUUUGGUUUCGGAGGUUCUAUGGUUGCUCUUGAGAAUGUAACCAUCGCAAACACUACUUUCGAAUUAAAUAAUGCUACCAUAGGAGGUGCUAUUUUUACUAGUGCUCAUACAUUUUCAAUGAUCAACAGUACUAUGAAGCAUAACAAUGCUACUUCUGGUGGCGCCAUUAGUUUUAGAAAUUUGGAUCUAACAGUAAAUGUCACUAUUUCCAACUCCACAUUCCAUAAUAAUACAGCAUCCUAUGAAGGAGGAGCUAUUUAUCUUGAAAAAUCAGAGUUGUUUAAUCUCAAUUUUACUGGAUCCCUUUUCAAUAACAAUUCGGCCAGCGUUGCAGGUUCAGUAUACUUUGCCAGUGCUCCUUUGACAUUUAUUGGUGGAAUUUUUAUCAAUUCAAAUAGUUCAGAAUCUAAUUUCAAAACAUUUAGUUCAUCCUCAUUGAAAAACGUAAACAUUGCCAACUUCACCAACACAGAUCUUCCAACCUAUAAUGUACCAAUUUUCCACGACCCAAAUUCCACUUAUUGGAGAGCUUAUGGAGUUCAAAGUCAAUGUAAUUAUGGCUUUGCAACCAUCACUUCAGAUGUAGAUAAAAAGAAACAAUGCACAUGGUGUGCGAAAUGUGGUGAAAUUCGUGGUGUAAAAAGAAUGAAAAACAAAAAAGGAGGAUAUGUUUCACUCCAUCCAGAUGAAUAUGAUGCAGAGGAGGGAGUAAGAGAAGAAAAAACUUAUGAUGUUUCAAAAAACAACUCUUCUAGAUUGGAAUUUCAUGAAGUUGAAAUUGAAGAGUUAAAUUCUUCUUCUUCAACAACCCAAGUUUGUUCAUCAUUUGAAAUAGAUAAUGAAUUUUGUGAAAAGUUAAUAGAUGCAGACCAAACAUAUUUAAAGAAUUUAAGAUUGGAUCCUAGUUGGUCUAACCGUCUGGAAUCUAAAUUUAAGACCGAUCUACAGAAUGGUUUAUCGCGAGAAGAAGUGACCAAUGGCUUUGAGGAGAGACGUCGGAUCUUUGGAAGAAAUGAGUUGCCCAAGCUAAAAGAAAGAACAUUCUUUUCGUUCUUCUUGGAAAGCUUCAAAGACCAUACUUUAAUAUUGCUGUCGAUAUCUGCUAUCGUAUCUCUGAUCAUUGGAAUCAUUUGGCGUAGUGAUACCAAUGGUUGGGUGGAGAGUAUAUCGAUCAUCUUUGCUGUGGUUAUUGUGGUUACUGUUACAAGUUUGAACAACUACUCAAAGGAGAAGCAGUUUAGAAAGUUGAAUUCCAAGAGAGACUACCGAAAUGUCAAGGUGAUUAGAAGCGGUACUCAGUUGGAGAUCGAUGUGCACGAGCUUAAUGUCGGUGAUAUUCUCAUGAUUGAAUCGGGAACUAUUUUGCCUGCCGAUGGUAUCUUGAUAGAUGGUUACAAUGUGACGUGUGAAGAGUCUUCGCUCACCGGAGAAUCAGCUGCCAUACACAAGGUUGUCAGUGGAAAUGGAGAUGUUCGAAUGCUUUCCGGUGCAAAGGUUACCGAAGGAUAUGGCAGGAUGUUGGUUGUUUGUAUAGGUGAACACAGUAUCCAGGGAAAAACAAUGAUGUCCUUAAGAGGUGAAGAUCAAAAGACACCACUCGAAGAAAAACUCGAUAAACUUGCUGACACCAUCGGUAAGAUUGGUUUAUCCAUUGCCAUAGCCACCUUCUUGAUACUAGCGCUCAAGUUGAUCAUCUUGAAUAUCAUUCACCAUCGUCCUUUCAACUCUGACUUUGUGAACCUCCUAAUGGGUUACUUUAUUACAUCGAUUACCAUUGUGGUUGUUGUGGUUCCUGAGGGUUUGCCGCUUGCUGUCACCAUUGCACUUGCCUACAGUAUGCUAAAGAUGCUCAAAGACAACAAUUUGGUGCGUAAGCUUGAAGCUUGUGAAACUAUGGGUAGUGUAACAACCAUUUGUUCAGACAAGACCGGUACUCUAACAGAGAAUAAGAUGUCUGUUGUAGCUGGAUUGGUCAUGGGUAUCAAGAUGCGUGAGGAAAUCGGAGGAAUCGACACAGCCAAGCUGUCCGACACCAUCAGCUUUUCACAGAGAGAGCUACUACUAGAAUCAAUCGCAAUCAACAGUACUGCCUUUGAGCACUAUGAUCCAGUGACAGAGUUAACGACAUUGGUUGGUAACCAGACUGAGUGUGCAUUAGUGGCAUUUGGUAGUAAGCUUGGAAUUGAUUUGGUUGGCUCUCGUAAGAAAUACAAGCUAGAGACAUUGAUCCCCUUCUCCUCGACCACCAAAACAAUGACAACUAUCGUUGUACUUCCAGAUGGAAAAUAUAGACUAUUCAUCAAAGGUGCUCCAGAGCUAAUCAUCAAUCGAUGUGUCCAAAUAUUCGGAACAAAGAUCAUCACUGAAAUGAAACCAGAAAAGAAAGCCAAGCUUCUCGCUUUUGUCAAGUCGAUGUCUGUCGAUUGCCUUCGAACGAUUUCACUGGCCUAUAUUGAUGUCAACAGCAAACCUGAUGAUUGGAACCAAUUCCAACCCAACAACCUCAUCCUUCUUGGUGUCUUUGGUAUUCGUGACCCAGUUAGAAAGGAUGUUCCAGAAGCAGUUAGGAUCUCACAGGGUGCUGGAAUGACCGUCAGAAUGAUCACCGGUGACAAUUUGGAUACUGCAAGAAACAUUGCAAAGAAAGUUGGUAUCCUCAAAGAGAAUGGCAUUUGUUUGGAAGGUGCACAGUUUAGAAAUUUGAACCAGUUCGAAAUGGAGCAAAUGUUACCAUACAUUCAAGUGAUUGCUAGAUCAUCACCAAUGGAUAAGCAUCUAUUUGUCCAGAAGCUAAAGGAAAUGGGUGAAAUUGUUGCUGUAACAGGUGAUGGUACAAAUGAUGCACCAUCUCUCAAGCUUGCAGAUGUUGGAUUCAGUAUGGGAAUUUGUGGAACAGAAAUCGCUAAAGAGGCAUCUGAUAUCAUUCUAAUGGAUGAUAAUUUCUCUUCUAUUGUUAAUUCUAUUAAAUGGGGAAGAAAUGUAAUGGAGUCAAUCCAGAAAUUCCUUCAAUUCCAAUUGACUGUCAAUAUUGUUGCUGUUUUCAUUUCAUUCAUCGGUUCAAUCUCCAAUGAAAAUGGUAUUAGUCCACUUACUGCCAUUCAAUUGCUAUGGAUCAAUUUAAUUAUGGAUACAUUUGCAUCUUUGGCAUUGGCAACAGAGAAACCAAGAGAUGAUGUCUUGAAAAGAAAGAGUUAUGGCAAGAAUAGUAAAUUAAUUACAAGAACAAUGUGGUAUAAUAUUAUUGGACAAGCAUUAUAUCAGAAUAUUAAUCAAUUUUAUACAACUUUAAUACAGUUAACUGUCUUAUUAAUUUUAGUUUUCGUUGGAGCUGAUAUCUUUGGAAUCAAAGCAAAUGGUGUACACCAUUUCACAAUCAUCUUUAAUACUUUUGUAUUCUUACAAAUAUUCAAUGAAAUCAAUUGUAGAAGAAUUGACAACAAAACAAGAAAUGUAUUCCAAGGAAUCUUACAGAAUUGGCAAUUCUUAACAAUCAUGUCAAUAACAAUUGUAGUCCAAUUCAUUCUAGUAGAGUUCGGAGGAGAGUUUAUUAAAACUCAAAAGUUGUCGCUUUUAGAAUGGGUGGCUUGUAUUGGUUUAGGUUCAAUUGGUCUUCCUAUUGGUUUUUGCAUUAAAUCAUUCACAAUGAAACUCUUUAAACGAAAGAAAUUAGUUUCACAAGCCAAGGCUACACCACAAAAGAGAUGGAGAAAAGUCAUCAACAACACAAGAUUGCAAAUUAGAAUCGUUUCAAAGAUGAAGAGAUUGGCUGCAAUGAAGAACAAACAAAGAGAUAAUAUAGAAUUACAAUGCACUGAAGUAGUAGAUCCAAAUUUAAAGGCACCAUUACUUCCAGGAACACCAAAUAGAUGA